GUUCAAGCGAACAGCUUGCUGUUCAGUAGUUCGAGUCUGAUUACAUCAACAACGUUAUCGCAGUAAACAUUUCCACUUGUUUCUUUGGGGUCUGUUGAGCUAGUCUACCUGUAGACUAUUACUAUGACCGAGUGGAACAAGAGAAAGCAAGUAGCCCAGGCUAAGAUAGAUGAAUCAGCCUCGGAUCUCAAUAACAUCAGCCAAGAUAUUUGGUCCCAUCCUGAACUGGGUUAUGAGGAACAUCAUGCUCACAAGAUUCUCACAGAUUAUCUGGAAAAGGAGGGUUUUGAGGUGACAAGAAAUUAUCAUUUAGAGACAGCAUUCAAGGCUACAUAUGGAACUGAUGGUGGAGUCCAUGUUUGUGUGAUCUCUGAAUACGAUGCUCUUCCUGAAAUUGGCCACGCCUGUGGACACAACCUGAUUGCCGAGUGUGGAGCAGCCGCAGGUCUAGGGAUCAAAGCUGCAAUGGAGCUCGAUGGCACUCCCAUAGGAAGGGUGACAGUGCUUGGUACGCCGGCAGAGGAAGGGGCAGGAGGCAAGGUAGACCUGAUCAAAGCUGGGGCCUUCCAGGGGAUGGAUGUAGCUAUGAUGGCACAUCCUUAUGCUUACACAGUACCACAACCAGUAGCCUUAUCAAUGCUAGAAAUAAAAAUUCACUUCACUGGUCUUGCUUCCCAUGCCUCUGCAGUUCCCUGGGAAGGAGUGAACGCCUUGGAUGCAGCUGUAAUGUGUUAUACUAGUAUCUCAGUCAUGAGACAACAGCUCAAACCAGAAUGGAGAGUUCAUGGUGUCUUUACUAAUGGUGGUGCUAGGCCUAACAUCAUUCCUGAAGAAGCGGAACUCUUGUACUACCUGAGAGCUCCUAACAGUAAGCAGCUAGACGUCCUCCGGUCAAAGGUCAUCGGCUGUGCUAAGGGUGCAGCUGUAGCAACAGGGUGUGAGGUAGAGUGUAAAAGUGGGUGCAACUACGCCAACAUGAUUCACAACGAUGCCCUUUCGUUAUCCUUUGAGAGACAUGCAGAGAUCUUGGGAUUCAGCUACCCUUCCGAGAGGAGAGGGGAGAAGGGAGGUUCCACGGACAUGGGUAACGUCUCCUAUGUCCUUCCCAGCAUACACCCCAAGUUUGGCAUCCCUACAGAUGCAGGCACUCACACGCCUGGUUUCACCAAAUGGGCAGGUAUGCUUGAAGCACAAUCACCCACCCUGAUCCAAGCCAAGGCCAUAGCUAUGACUGGUAUAGAUGUGAUGGAUCCUAACACUAACUUGCUCAAGAGUGCCCAGGAGGAGUUUAAGAAGGCCGUCAGUGGCCUCACGUAGCAUAGCUUAUACAAGUGCAUUUUUAUACAGAGAAAAGAGUUUAUAUAUAUAUAUGCAACAGAUAAUAUAUGUUUGCUGUAAGAUUCUUAUUGCAAUGAUUUUGAAAUGCUAUGUACAGAGAUGCUAUAUAUAUAUGGAUGGUCAAAAGGCCUCUCUGGAAAUAUUCCAGCCCGCCAGCACUACAGUUCACUCACAGGAGACAACUUGCAUCCUUUUGAUGCACAUACGUGUAGCUAUCUCACUUUCCAAUCCUCUCCUCCAGUUGUGCGGAGGAGAGCUAUCCCCCUCUCUCGGGUUACUCCACUUAGGAGAUUAUGCGGUAUAAGGGAGGGUGUAUUUUAGGUCUGUCAUACCGAGAUGUUGUCAUUCUGCGUCCAUCGUGUAAACCCUAGCCAUAUCAUAGAGAAUGUUGCCAAGAACACUGCUGACUGCCAUCACUAUAAAGAGGCUUUAAAGCCCCACUGCACUACUAAUAGCUACUUGCGCCCUCUAUAUAGCAAACAUUUCCUAAUCGAUGACCAUUGA